AUGGGUAAUAUCAAGAAGCAGAAUCUUGUGAUCACCCUUCUCCUCCUAAUUUCCUUCUUCUUUUUCCUCUCUUCUUCAUCUCCUUCACACGAAUUCCAGUACUCCAAGAAUCAUGGGUGGUCACCACCAGAUAAUAGUAAUAAUAAUGUGGCUCCAAUAGUAUCCCCAUUAUAUGGUGAUGAUCAUGAGUACAUGAUCAAGAAUUCAGAACCGCCAUAUUUCAUGAAGACACAAACAGGAGAAGGAGGAGGCCAGGGGCUCAUGACAACAACUAAAAUGAAGACGAAGAAGAAGAUGAAGACAAGAACAUUAAACUUGAAGAAUAGGGAAAGUUCACCAGAUAAUUGGAGCAGCAAAAGAACGUAUUCAGCUAUGCUUCCAAAAGGUUUUGUUCCUCCUUCUGGAUCUUCUCCAUGCCAUAACACCUACCCUAAUUCUGUCGCUUUCUUCUGUCAGCUUUCCACUACUCCUAAAUUACCCUAG